AUGGGUAAGCGGAAAAGAUCAGAAAUGAACACAGAAAUCUACUCAAAAAAAAAAAAGUUUCAAGACAAUACCAAUGUUGAGGAUACAGAUUUAAAUGCAGUAGAUCCGGCUUUGUUGGAAGUACGUGGUUGGCAAAAUGUUGCUACGUGCAGUAAGUUCAAAGUUGGCAUGAGUCGAUACGUUGGUUUGAGUUAUCGGAAGGCGAAGAAAAUUAUGGCUAGCGAUACAAAUUGCGAUUUGCUUCUCGAGAUAGAAAAACGUCAUAUAACACUAGGGUGGCAUCUAUUAGGAAAGGCGAAGAGUGCUAUUAGUUACAUCUUAAAAUGUUCGCUUGGUCAGUAUAGAGAUUCAUUAAAUGGUGUUUUGUUAUCUAUUGGGAAAGCAAAAUAUGUUGAUUAUCCUUUGUGUAUCGCAGAUCAACCGUGCAUGCACAUAGAUCUCAACGUGCAUUGUAUUGUUUUCCGUCCCAAAAAAGAUCAUGUUUAUGAAUGCUCAAUAACAGCCAUUGAUAAGAAGUUUAUCACAGCAAAAUUGUACAAUACGAUAACAUUUUUUGCUCCUAUAAAAGAUGGAAAAAAGUGUUUCAUUAUUCGUGAAAAGGUGCUUAUCAAGUUUUCCCACAUCGAAAUCAAAGGUUCACUGUGUCAAAUGAAAGGAACGAUCGCAUAA